AUGGCCUGCUUCAUCCUGUUACGUGACAAUGUGCCCGCCUGGAUCUCCGAGGUCAACCAACUAUCCGCCCAUAUCCACAUCAAGCGAGCCGAGUUCGCCGCUGAAGCCGAUAAAUUAAAUGGUGCUCCGUCCUCGCUACGUCGGAAGAAGUCGAUUAGUAGCAGUUUCACUUCGGUGAGCAGCCGACGAGGCGUGAGGCCGACAACCCAGGGCCUCAAGCGGCUUUUGUCGAGGGAGUCGUUGAACAAUAACGAUGGCGUCAAGAAACAGCGCACAGUCAAGGACGAUGAAUACGCCCCGACAGCCAGACGAAGAAAGCCGGCACAGGUCAUCUCCUACGAUGGCCACACCCAAAAAACCCUCGAGAAGAUGGUACGAGACAUCUGGACCGCCAAGAGCAGCAUCCGAUCAUCGCGCAUCUCAUCAUCUAUGCGCACCACCUUUGGAGGACGAAUGAAAAUGCACAUUCCCGUGAAAAAACCACACGAAACCGGCAUCCCGGAUAUAACCUCGGAUGCCAAAGCGACUAUAGAAGUGGACCCGGAUGCGGCCACGGCAACAGAUAAUGAUGAUGGAUUGGAAGAUCAAUUAGAGUUACGUAUGUUUAUGAUGAAGCAACGAUCACGUCGGAAUCAGCCGGCUUAUAUACCUCAACCUCCUCAACUUCGACAAUCACAAGAACCGCCUUCGCGCACGAAAGAGAGUCCGUUUGACUUUAUUGAGUGCCAACUUGAGAAUGCACAGAAUUUGUGCGAAACGGCGGCAUACAAAUUCCUGCGUGAAGGCAACUGUCUAGACGAAUUGGACAGAAUCAAGCAGGCAUACGAACUAAUUCUCGAAGCCUCCACGACAAUGGCCGAACAAGAAGAAGAGAAAGCCAAAGCCGAACAGGAGCAGCAAGAAGACGAUGCCACACCAUCGGAUGCUGCCAUAGCAGCAGAUGAAUUGGAGACACCCGUGACUAGCGUCGCUCUUGCAUCGAAGGACGCCGGUGACAAUGGCCCCGAGGAAAUGAAUGUGGGACUGCUUGAAGUCGAUGACCAGUCUGAUACUUCUGAGGUUUCCAUUGAUAUAAGUGCUUUCCGGAUGACGCGGUAUGGUCAGAGGACUAUGCAUCCUUUCAAGGUCAACCAUGCUCAAUAA